AUGGAAAGGGUGUCUCCCUGUGCUUCCAGCUGGUGUUUUGUUUUUCAGGAAGGAGUGCCAGGCUCGGCUCUGCCCGGCCCCGCGGCGCGCAGCCGGCGCUACACCAUCACCCCGGGCCGCCUCAAGUGGGACCACUUCAACCUCACCUACAAGAUCCUGUCCUUCCCCAGGAACCUCCUGAGCGCCAGGGACACGCGCCGGGGGCUGGCGGCCGCGUUCCGCAUGUGGAGCGAGGUGUCCCCGUUCAGCUUCAGGGAGGUCCCACGGCACCUCCCCAGCGACCUCAAAAUCGGUUUCUACUCCAUCAACCACACGGACUGCCUGGAGUCUCUGACCCACCACUGCUUCGAUGGCACCACGGGGGAACUGGCCCACGCCUUCUUCCCACCCCAUGGAGAAAUCCACUUUGAUGACCACGAGUAUUGGAUCCUGGGCAACACCAGGUUCAGCUGGAAGAAAGGGGUGUGGCUGACAGAUCUGGUCCAUGUGGCAGCCCACGAGAUCGGACACGCCCUGGGCCUCAUGCACUCGCUGAACCCCAACGCCCUCAUGCACAUCAACGCCACCCUGACGGGCAAGAAGAGCAUUUCCCAGGAUGAGGUGUGGGGAAUCCACAGGCUCUACGGCUGUAAGGACAGGUUAUUUAUGUGCCCAUCGUGGGCCAAAAAAGGUUUCUGUGAGAAGCGCAGGAAGCUGAUGAAGAAGCACUGCCCGUCCACCUGUGACUUCUGCUACGAAUUCCCAUUUCCAACAGUGCCCCCCACUCUGCCCCCACCAAGGACCAAAACCAAGACGGUUUCUGAGGGCAGGAACGUCACCUUCCGCUGUGGGCAGAAGAUCAUCCACAAAAAAGGCAAAGUCUACUGGUAUAAAGAUAAGGAACUUCUGGAAUAUUCCUAUCCAGGUUAUUUAGCCCUAAAUGAAGACCACAUGAGCAUCAUUGCAAAUGCAAUUAAUGAAGGAACUUACACUUGCAUAGUGAAGAAAAAAGAAAGGAUCCUGACUACUUAUUCCUGGAGAAUCAGACUGAAGCACUGACCCAGCCCUGGAUUCAGUUCCUGCUCCUUCUGUUUCCAGUUUUUUCUUUGGCAUUUUAGUUUUAAUUUCCAGUAGUGCAACUGAAUUCUCCAGCAGCUGCUUCGGUACCUUGGGCAAAAGAGAUUCUGGGACUGGUUACUGGAAUGUCAAACUCUUCCAGAUUUGUUUUAAAGAUAAAGAAUUUAUCAACUAUUUGCUGUACAGAAAAUUAAAAACCUUUUUUUUUUUGUAAGAAAAGUGUCAGAUGGAGCUGUGUGGGGCACUGCAGCAAACCAGGAGCAGACUCUGCCCCAGCCCCUGGGACAGUGGGAUGGCAGGAAGAGGACAAGUUCAACACUCCCUGAAUGUUUUCCUGCCAUUUUUUACAUCCUGCUGCACUGCAAAUAGAAGAAAUGACAAUGCUAAGCCUUAAUAUUGCUUUUCUUUCACUUGUCAGGAGGAUGAGGAUCACAUAAAUCCUGUUUUGCUCCUCAGUUGUCCAUUCCAACAUGUUCAGUUCAAGGAGCCACAGAACAGAUCUUCCCCUCAAGUGGUUUCCUGUGGUUUGAGAGUUUUCUUCCUAUCCCAAGAGGAAUUUAUUGCUCAGAGCUGGUCUUUGAGGGGUCUGAGUUGCUCAGUUUGAUAAUUAAGGGGUCUGAGCUACUCAGGGUUUGGUCCUUGAAGGGUCUGAGCUGCUCAGAGUUUGGUCUUUGAGAAGUCUGAGCUGCUCAAAGUUUGGUCCUUGAAGGGUCUGAGCUGCCCAGUUUGGUCCUUGAGGGGUCUGAGCUGCUCAGUUUGGUAAUUAAGGGGUCUGAGCUGCUCAGUUUGGUAAUUAAGGGAUCUGCACUGCUCAGUUUGGUAAUUAAGGGGUCUGAGCUCUCAGUCUGGUCCUUGAGGGGUCUGAGCCUUGGGUCCUGUGGGAGAUGAGGUGAUUUCCUCCCGCAGGAUGAGGUGAAAGUGCCACAUCCAGCUGGAGAAGAGCUCAGGAGUGGCUGGCAAAGCUGGGAAGGGAACAAUUCCAUGUCACAGCCAAACUAUGCAGUGGGGUCAUGCUUCAAUCCUGCACAGCUUCCCUGUACUCCUGCUGUUCACUGGGCUCCUGGGGAAGCUUCUGGAAUCAGGAAUGUUCAGCUGUUUCUCCUUCAGGGCUGAGGAACAGGGAGUUUUGUCUUCCUGCACAGGAAAACAACCAGACAGCUUUCCCAACUCACCACAAUGCAGCACAUCCACAUUCCAGCCCCACGGCCUUUCCCCAGGAAAACUCUCCAAAAUGGACUGAAACUGAUAAAAUGUUUAGGAUUGGAGUUAAUCCCUUACUGGCCUGGUGCCCAGCUGUGGUUGCAGGAAAAUGUGGUGGUUUCCAGAUCUCCCUGUUUCCAAAACAAAGUGACAGCUUCAACAAAUCAGGGGCUCCAGAGGAUGAGAUUCCAACAUGAUUCCUCCUCUCCUCUUUCCCCAGAAAGGACUGGAAUGUGGCCUUGCACAACCACUAAAGCUGAAUUCUUCUCUGGAUGGAAAAAAGGCAUACAUUUAAAAAAAAAAAAACUUUCACAAGAAAUAAAGUUUCAAGUCUGCAUAUUAAAUCUUUUUGAUUUAUAAAACAAUAGAGUAAUUUUGCACCACUGUAAAUACAUUUGCAGAACAAAAACAAAACAAACCAAAAAAAAAUCUGGUCAGGGAGUAUCAAACCCAGCCCAGCUCUCUCUAAGGUAACAGGAUACAAAUCUCAGAAUUGUCAUUUUUCUUUUUGCCCUAAAUAUAUUCAGACACAAACAAUUUGCUUACUUUAAAUAAAAAAUAAACUCUCUUUACGGUCACCAACAUCCCACUUUGCUGCAUGUGAAGCAAUUAAAUCCUUCACACUAUUAAACAAUUGAAAUAGUAUUUUAAUUCUACAAAUUUACAAGGAAAACAAAACAAAACAAACUGAACAAAAAAACACCCCUAAAAACAAACCAGAAACUGUUCCAGGACUGUUAUUUCAAGUUGUCCUUUGUCACAGUUUGUGAUGAUCCUGGGGUUUUCAGGUAACUCCAGUCCUCUAAUGGAAUGCAGCAGAUAAACUCCACAUUGAUUUAUAAAACAAGAGCCUUGGAAUCUGUGAUAAUAUUUGAGUUUUUUUCACAGGGAAAAACAUCUGGUGCCCCUGACAGAGAACAGAACUGGGGCACUCAAAUCCACUCACAUGAAUGGUGCUUUUUGGAGUUUUUUUUUCCUUCCUUUUUCAUGUUGAGUUCAAAACUUGAGGCUGAAGCCAGGUCCUGCAGCAGAUGCACCUUGAUUUGUGGUGGUCAGAUGGAAACCUG